CACUCUAUCUCCUUCUUUGGGUUUUAUCCUUCGCUCCUCGGCCCCUUUUGUUUAGUCUGCUGCCAUAAGGAGGAAGUUUUGCGAACCCAGAAACUAAACCAGAUCUGUCAACUGAUACAGAAAGCGAGUUUUAGCGGGGGAGAAAGCUCGGGUCUUUUUUGUUUUGCUUAAAAAUGGAUAAAACCUGCCACUCUUCUGGUGUUUCUACUACCAGCAACACCACCGGUAGCAGCGGUAGCCCCAACGUUAACAAUAUUGGCAAUCGAGAUCAUUACCUUAAACAUCUCAACAAGCUUUCUCACAAGAUCUCCAAACCCUCCACCAACGCUCCUCCUAUCAUCAAAAAGGCUUCCUUUGACCACACCCAAGCUGUGCCUCCACAGCAGCAACCUCAAUCCUCCGAGCCUCAUCCCCAUAAUCCGAACCAAAGCGGUCUCCAGGCUCAACAACACCAGCCACCGGUUUACAACAUCAACAAGAACGACUUCAGGGAUGUCGUACAGAAGCUCACCGGUUCACCGGCUCACGAGCGGUUCUCUGCUCCUCCACCAAUCCACCAACCAAAGCCACAAAGCUCUCGGCUCCAGAGGAUCCGACCACCUCCAUUGGCGCACGUUACCAAUCGCCCUGCGCCUCCCAUGAUUAAUUGCGCCGUCCCCAACAUGAACCCUCUCGGUUGCUCUCAGCGUACCCUUCCUAUCAGUGGUCCCGUUGGUCAUAGCUUUGUUCAAAGGCCGCCGGUUGGGGCGCCUCUUUCGCCGCUCCCUCCAUUUCCGGCUGUGCACGCGGCUGCCGAAUCGCCGGUCUCCGCCUAUUUGCGAUACUUCCAAAGCUCCGAGUCCUCCACUGUUGAUUCCAUUCCAAAGCAAUUCUCGGGAUUCCCACCAUUGGCCGAACUCAUCUCUCCCCGUUGGAACAACUUAAUAGUUCCACAACAGCAACAGCAGCAGCAACCGCCGCCGCCGCCUCAACAGCCACAUCAUCAUCAACAACAACCGCCACAGGUAUCAUCAACUGGGAUAAGCCAGUCACAGCUAUCGUCGUCACCACUACCAUUCGGGUUCCUGAAUUCUCCUCGGUCACCAUAUCCAUUACUUUCCCCAAGUUUUAUAUUUUCUCCAAAUUCGGGUCAAUUAGGAUUCCCACUGUCACCAACGGUGCCAGUGCCGAGUCCAAAAGGGGGAGGCCUUUGAUAAAUUUUAAGUUCAGGUAUGCCUUCAAAGAUGGAAAAAUUGCGGCUUUAGGGAUUUUUUGUACAUGGUUAGGUUGGUGGGGAAUUUUAUUCAAUUACCAGUGGUUGGAUGAAGAAAGAAAAUUUUCUCGCCCUGGUCAGAAUUUAAAAGUUUUUUCCUCUUCAUUUACAAAGUUCAAAUUAUGUUCUUUUGUUUUUG